UGUGAGAUGGCGCUAGUAUCGGCUUUCGUUAGACAUCAAUUUCGUUUAUUGUAAAUGACAUCUAACAAGAAAAUGUUAAAAAUUUUGGUGAGUGGAGAUGUGGAGGGAAAAUUCAAUCAACUUUUCUCCCGAGUAACUGCUGUUAAUAAAAAGAAUGGACCUUUUGAAAUGUUGAUAUGUGUAGGAAAUUUCUUUGGAGAAAAUAAUGAUCAAUGGGAUUUAUAUAAAAAAGAGAUUAGCAAAGCUCCAAUUACUACAUAUGUGUUAGGACCUUGUAAGCCUGAGCAUGAACAGUUUUUUCCAGAUAUAAAUGGUUGUGAACUUGCACACAAUAUUACAUACCUUGGUAGAAAAGGUAUUUUGACUGGAUCUAGUGGUCUUAAAAUUGCAUACUUAAGUGGCAUUCACACUGAUAGUAAUAAAUGUGAAAAUUAUCAGUUUACAAAUAAACAUGCUGAAGAUUUAAUAUUAAACUUCACAGAAGGUCUCAAUUCAAAAGGUGUUGAUAUUCUUCUGACAUCUCAAUGGCCAAAACAUAUUGAUAAAUAUGGUGUAACACUUAAAGAAAUCAAUCUAGAAAACUGUGGAUCUGAAAUGAUUUCUAAAUUAGCUUACAUUACAAAGCCUAGAUAUCAUUUUGUUGGUCUAGAAGGAGUGCAUUAUGAACGACUACCAUACAGAAAUCAUAAAGUUUUAGCAGAAUCUACUUGUAAUGUAACUCGUUUCAUUGCUCUAAAUAAAGUUGGCAAUCCAAAUAAAGAGAAGUGGUUGUAUGCAUUUUCUAUUGAACCAAGUUCAUCAAUUGAGCGAACUGAAUUGACGAAACAACCAUUAGAUGUAACUGAAAGUCCUUAUAAUUUCCCAGAAUCAAUUUGCACACCUAAGAAAGAAGCAACACAACAAUUUUUUUAUAAUAUGGAUUACACUGAUGAUGAUGAUGAUUAUAGUAAGAAAAGAAAACAUCGUCAUGUAGAUACUCCUCGUCCAAAGAAACAUCAACCUCAAGGACCAUGCUGGUUUUGUUUAGCAAGUCCUGAAGUGGAGAAACAUUUAGUUGUCAGUGUAGGAGAUCAUAAUUACUUAGCAUUAGCUAAAGGUGGUUUGACAAAUGAUCAUAUACUUAUUCUUCCCAUUGCUCAUCAUCAGUCAACUAUUGAACUUCCACCAGAUGCAUUGCAUGAAAUAGAAAGAUAUAAAGAAUCCUUAAAAAAGUUUUUCAAUUCUCAAAAUAAAACUGUUGUGUUUUUUGAAAGAAAUUAUAAAAGUUCUCAUCUUCAGAUUCAGGUUGUUCCCAUACCACUUGAUAUGAUAGACAGACUUAAAUCAGUCUUCUUUUCUCAAGCAGAUGAAAAAGAUAUAAAUUUAGAUGAAAUUCCUAAACAUUCAGAACUAAGUCAGAUUGUUCCACCUGGUAAACCGUAUUUCUAUGUUGAAUUUGAAUCUGGUGAAAAAUUAUUUCAUAGAAUAAGAACACAGUUUCCUCUUCAAUUUGGCAGGGAAGUUUUAGCAAGUGAAGAAAUUCUAAAUAUACCUCAUUGUGCUGAUUGGAAAGCUUGUAAAUAUACUAAAGCUGAAGAAGUGGAAAUGGCUUCAGAUUUUAAAACGUUAUUCAAAACAUUUGACUUUACAUUGUUAUAAUAAUGUCAUCUAUAUAUAUAUAUAGAAAAGAAUUUGCUUAUGUACAGAACCAUAAAUUUCAUUACAUUAUAAUGUACAAUGAAUUUCUCAUAUUGAAAAUCUGCGCAUUGUCAUCAUAUUUUAGAAAUGUCAAAUAUUUUAGUCAUUUAUUUUGUUAUUUAAUACAAAUAAAUAAAUUAAAUUAAAU